AUGAAAUUUCUGCUAUUUCUUUUGCUUGGUCUUUUCGCCGGAGCGUCCGGGCAAGGAUAUGACCGUUCGAGGGAUAUAUGCAAUAUGAAGGAAGAUAGUGGACCAUGUAAUGCUCUCCAAAAAAGAUGGAGAUGGGACUUCGAGGAAGGGCAGUGCGUAGAAUUCAAAUACGGCGGUUGCGAAGGUAACGACAAUAACUUUGAAUCACAAGAAGCGUGCUUGAAGGAAUGUGGAGGAAGAAAUGGAAAUGGAAAAAAGAGAGUAAAAAAAUGCUGUGAGAAACUUGUUCGAGAAACGCACUGGAAUGCGGUUGGCUUCUUUGAAGGCCCAUAUCUAUUUGCGGAAUCACGUAUGAAAGACUAA